ACACCCAACCGUAUGAUCGUCCAGAACAGUGUGUUUCGGUGCGGUGAGCAAAGCGUAGUAGGUCCCGUAGUGUACAUCUCAUCACCAUGGUGUCUCGUUACUUACGCCCAAUGCCUACCUGGAUGGUAGUUUUGUUGGUGCUAACGAAGCAAGGAUAUGGUUGGAAUCUUCCCAGCACGUACUACCAAGGACCGGGCAAUGGAUACGUUGGAGGGCGUAGCAAUCAGGCUCUAGCCGGUGCCAGCGCUGGUUCGUGGAAUUCGGGUGGUAGUGCAGGUGGUGCCGGUGGAUUCCCGUUUCAAGGACAAUUAGGUGGAGACGAUUAUGUGCAAGGAAUUUCCGGUGGGCUUGAUCGACCUGGAGGCUUUGGAGCUAACCAGUGGGCAGGUGGUGAUGGUAGAGGAGGAGCAGUAGGAGGGGGAGCUGUAGGAGGAGGAGCAGGAGUAUCAACUGUCAGUAGUAGUGCUGGAGCAGAUGGAACAGGUUUUCAACAGGGAGGAGGAAUUAGUGCCGGAGGUCCCUUAGCUACAGGCACUGACGGUGGCGUUGGAUACGGCAAUCAAGGAGGUUUGGGAAACUUUGGUGGUUCGAAUGUUGGUCAAUUUAAUCCUAACCAAGGUCCGGGAUCCGGCCCAGACACUGGUGCUUUUGCAGGUUCUUUCGGAGGAUCGGGAGCUGGGUUUGGAGCAGAUGGACACUAUCAUGGUAAUCGGCCCGCUUCCGGAACGUACGGACAUCCUUCAGUAAACAGCGCACCAUCCGUUCAACCGUGGCGCUACGGAGCUCCAGCCAGUUACGGAGGAGCAAGAUGGCCCUGGCAUGGUGGUGGUUACGUUUAUCGAGUUCCAGUUGCACACAUUAAUCCGGACGGAAGUUACAGCUUUUCCCACUACACACCCCACUCUUCUCGUGAAGAAACGGGCCACAGCAAUGGAAAUGUUGAGGGAACGUACGGUUUCCAGAACGAUGGAGCAAAGCACAAUUUCUCCUUCAACGCUACACCGGAUGUAGAUUUGCGGACAGGCUUCGGUAACACCCGAGCCGGUGCUCUCAAUCCGGAAGAGUAUGGACCACAGUCGGUUCAUUCGCGUGGCCGACUACCACUUCCGGCCACUUUCCGACCUGGAGCAGAUGACCGAACGGAAACUCAGCUUCCAAACGGUUGGUCCAGUCACAGUGGUGUCGAUGGUGGAACAGUAGCUGAUGGUGAGAAUGGAAGCGAUCAAAGUACGCUGUCCGUUGUUGGGCUGCCGAAAGUAACUACGGAAGCAACCGACCUCUCACAGCCUACUGGACGCAAUCAAAUAGUGCGAGGAUCAACGGAACCUCCGGUCGGUGCAAACGAUCUCGAUGGACGUUUAUCUCAACCGAAUGAUGCCGGUUUGACGGGCGUACCGAGAGUGACUCCCGACGGAACAACCGUUCGUCCUGUGGAUGGUACAGUGGAGCAGGUGGUAACGCGUCCUGAGAAUGAAUUACCCUCGUACAGUAACGAGAUCGGACAAAAUGGAGACACUCGAGGGGUUGGUGCUGUUCCAGUUGAUCGAUCGUACCGCUUUGGUUAUCAAACACCGGACGCAGCACGUGAGGAAGCUGCUGAUCAGGCAGGUAACGUCCGGGGGUCGUUUUCGUACAACAAUGAAGCGGGUCGUAAUGAUCUACAGUAUGUAGCCGGUGCUGGAAUGGGCUUUCGUCCAACCGGUGGAAGUUUAGCCGUACCGAAUGGUUUAGCAGGGACUGGCCCGGCAGCUCCUGGUGGUGGUCCUGUUGCAGGCGAUAGACGCUAUCAGUUCGGGUAUCGUACCGUGGGAUCUGAACGUGGCACUGGGUUUCCAACGACGGAAGGAAGUCUUUCGGUACCGAAUGGACAAAGGGAUGGUGUGAAUACUGGUGCUGGAGGUGUGUUUGGAGCGGCUGGCAGUGGUUUAGGCGAUGAUGGAGGUGUUGAAAGUCAAGGUGCACAAGCUGGUGGAGCAGUCGGAGGGGCUAGUUUCGAUGGUGACGGAACACAAACUGGGGCUGGAGUAGGUGGAAACUUUGGAGCAGCUAAUGCAGGAUUUGGAAGCGAUGGAAGAUCAAGAGGGUUUGGAAACCAAGGAGGACAAAGUGGUACUGGAGUGGGAGGUUCAUUCGGAGGUGCAGGGUUUGGAGCUGAUGGACGCCCGUUGGCUUCCGGUAAUCAGGGUACACAAUUCGCCGCUGGAACAGGUGGAGCUGGAAGCAAUUACGGUACAGGAUUUGGAGCUGAUGGACGCCCGUUGACUUCCGGCAAUUCAGGCGCGCAGUAUGGCGCUGGAGCAGGAAAUGUCUUUGAAGCCGGAGGCACAUUCGGUACAGGCUUUGGAAGUGAUGGACGCUCUCUGACUACCGGUAAUCAAGGAGGGCAGUUCGGAGCUGGAGCAGGUGGACCUGCAGGUACCUUCGGUACAGGUUUCGGCGGAGAUGGACGCUCAUUUGCUGGUGGCAAUCAAGGGGCACAAAAUGCAGCUGGAGCAGGAAAUGGCUUCGGAGGAACGGGAGAAUCUUUCGGCACCGGUUUUGGCAACCAAGGAGGACAGUUCGGAGCCGGAGCAAGAGGAACCUUUGGAGGAUCUGAUGGAAGAUCGUUCGGUUUUGGCAAUCAAGCGGGACCAGGAUUCGGUAGAGCAACAACUGCUGGUUUUACUGGAAGUCAAGGCACUACACGUAAUCCCGUCACUAGAAGCCCAUCGGUAACUGCUUUCAACGGUUCCACCGGUACUGUUUCAUCAGCUUCUAGAGAGGACGGAACCGAUGAACCGAACACUACCAUAAACGCAGACGAUUCGGAGCAAACAACAACGUUCGGCGGUUAUGGUGAUGUGCAAUCAGCUGGUGCCGGAUUAUACACCAACGGAAACCGUCGUUUAGUUCAGUGACGAGUACAAAACUGUAUUUAACGAAUAUUACAAAAUAAAACAUAUCGCUACCUUUUCUCAUA